AAAGUAAUGCUAUUGAAGUUUGACGACCCGGUUCACAAGUUUUACUGAUGAAUUUCGCGUUAACUUUUGAGCGCUCCUCCCCGAGAAGAGCGGAUACAUGUAUGUGUGUGCAACUCUAAAGGAUGUGGUCGGGUCUGAGAUGAGGAAGAAAGUGAGGAGGAAGGAGAGCACUGAACUCUUCAACGAGCUCCUUGAAAACAAGUCGCCUGUAGAUCACUGAAACAGAAAAGACCGGCGUACAUUUGGAUUAUUUCUCUUUUUGAGAAAGUGUCAUGAUUCUGUGAAGAUGCACUGAAGAGAAAGAAAAGAUGGAAGUGGAGGAGACUGGUGAAACAAGGACUUCCUGGUCUUUUGUAUCAGGAGAGACACACUCCGUCCUCUGUGACCAUGCUGGGAAGAAGAGAAAACAAGACUCGACCCCAGAACCUGUGAUCAGAAUCAUGGAGGAUGAGGAACAAGAGGAGGGUGAAAUGAUGUCUGACCACAUGAAGGAUUUAGAGGAACCCAGUAAUAAAAGGGUGAAACCUGUGGCCAAGUCCAAUAGCCUAACAGGUGUCAUUCCCCAAGUGAAGACACCUGCUCUGAAACGCAUUGGGAUGAGUAUUUCGCGGUCCAUUAGUUUUCGCACAGAGGCUCGACCUUUGCCUCCGGCUCCCCUCCGCAACCGGACGAAGGCCUCGUCGUUUCCACGGCGACGCAACAGCCAGUGCUGGAGCGACACCGUGGAGAGUCACGACCUCACCGCCAAGGAAAUCAAACGGCAAGAGGUGAUCUAUGAGCUGACUCAGGGGGAGAGGCAACUUAUAGAAGACCUCAGUUUGGUCAAGAAGGUGUACUAUGAGCCCAUGCUGAAGUUGGACAUCUUGACGGAGAGCGAGCUCGGACAGAUCUUUGGUACUCUGGACUCACUUAUUCCGCUGCAUGAAGAUCUUCUGAGUCGUCUUGAGCGACUGAGGGGUUCAGAGAAAACAGUUGGAGAGGUGGGGCCUACUCUGAGAGACUGGUUCCCUUGCCUGGGGGCCUAUAUUACAUAUUGCUGUAACCAGGUGGGGGCCAAAGCCUUGCUGGACCAGAAAAAGCAAGAGAAAAAGGUGGAGGAGUUCCUGCGCCUGUGCCAGGAGUCUUCGUUCAGCAGAAAACUGGACUUGUGGAACUUCCUGGAUCUGCCUCGAAGUCGUUUAGUAAAAUACCCUUUGCUGUUGAAAGAGAUACAGAAGUGCACUCCUCCAGAGCACCCGGAUGAGGACACAUUGCCUGAAGCUCUGGAGGUCAUCCAGGACGUUGUGGCCGAGGUGAACAAGAAGACAGGGGAGGCAGAGUGUCAGUUCUACAGACGGGGUCUCCACUAUCUCGAAGAGAGCCAGAGACUACCAGAGAUCCAGCAGUCACGCUUCCUAUACUGCCACGGAGAACUCAAGAACAACAAGGGCCAGCGGCUGCACGUGUUCCUGUUUGAGCUGGCUUUGGUGCUGACCAGACCAGCGGACAGCAGUCACUUGUUUAAUGUGUACAGACAGCCGCUGCCCAAUGCCUUGUUAAAUCUGGAGGAGAUCCCAGAUGGUGAGGCAAGUGGAGGAGGCAGCUUCAGAGGAGCCUUCACUGGAGGAAAUGAUAAAGUGAAGAAUUGUUUCCGUGUGAGCAGCAGAGGGCGCUCCAAAGCUCACCCGUACAGCCUGCAGGCCAACGACUCCUUCAGCAAGCAGCAGUGGAUCACCUGUCUGCGGCAGGCCAUCGUCCAGUCUCGGGAUAGGACUGCUCAGACCUCUUUCCACCUCGAACCCGCCCUGCGUCACAUAGCUGACCUCAACCUUAGCUCGGACACAGAAAUGGCAGACCAUACCAGUCGCUGACUGUCAGACUGAUCCCCAGGUGGCCUGUGGAGCCUCUAUAAGUGCCCCUAUGGAUAUGUACAUUGACAUUAAAGAGAAUAAAUGGGACUGUUCGCGAAAGAUGAUAGUGCUUCAACACACACAUUGAAUUUCUUCAUGGUUUACUUUUCUUUUCUUGCUGUUUGUGAUUGUGGUGAUGCGUACUGUACAUAGUGGGAACAGUAUUAUUGAAUGUGAAUUUGCCACUGAAAAUGUUCAUGUUGUAUUUUUAAUAAACUGACACUUAAAAUACUCUUAAGGUACUCAUGGAGAU